AUGGCGACCUCCUCCCUCACUCCACUCCAGACCUCUGCGCUCUCCUCGAGUUUCAAGUCCAGAUCCUUUCUCUCUUCUUCUAAAUGCAAGCCUCUCCAGUGCCGCACUCCCGGGCGGGUGCCGCCGCGGUUUUCUGUCGCGGCGACGGCAACAGUGGAGUCCAACGGCGCCGUCGCCGCUCCAAAGCCGCCGGCAGAGGCCGGAGAAUACGGGCGGCAGUUCUUCCCCCUGGCUGCCGUCGUUGGGCAGGUUGGGUUGCUGGCUUUCUCGUGUAAUUGUAGUGCUUCUUGUUAGCUGUUCGAACUGCAUUUGCGUUGGGGCUGGUGAAUCGUCGUGGGCUUAUUCUUUCUGUGCUAUUUUAUUUAUCAAUUUAUACUUUAUUAAAUUUUUGAUAAUUGUUUUGCAAAAUUUUGAUAUCUUAGCCACCAAUUUGAAGCAUAUGAGAUUGGCUUUGCCUGAGACUAAAUGCCACGUAUUCAUCCACUUUCUUGAACUGCUACUUGUUCCUAAGACUGAUUUAACUAUGGCUUGCUCUUGUUUUUGGUUCUGCUGAUGUUUUUGUAAUAUUUUUUAGAUUUCGGUCUCAUGGAUUUAAGAAAGGUUCCUCCGUUUCUUUUUCUUGGAAUCUUUGGAAGCUUUGUUUACUGGGAACCAAGCAGUUCUUUUUGUUCGUGAAAACCAUUGUUCAUUUAGUUUUAUUCUUACAGUGGUAGUCUAGGCUUUAUUUUGGUGAUAGAUAUCCUUAUUACCUUGGAAGACGGUUGGCUAGUUGUACUUCCCCUUCUUCUCAUUGAGCAUGUUUGCAAUCAUGAGCCCAUAAUUUUAAGUUCAUCAUUUCUUUUGUUCUAUGUUGAUUUCACAGGAUGCUAUUAAGACAGCUUUAUUGCUUGGAGCUAUUGACCGAGAGAUUGGAGGGAUUGCGAUCUCUGGCAAGCGGGGAACAGCAAAAACAGUGAUGGCACGUGGGUUGCAUGCUAUGCUUCCUCCUAUUGAAGUAGUGCCAGGUUCCAUAUCAAAUGCAGAUCCAGCACGGCCUGAAGAGUAAGGUUACCUGAUAAUCGUUUCUUCACAUAUAUGUAAAGUUUGCAUUAUUGUUUCUUUUCAGUAGAAUCUCAGUGUUGAUGAAUAGUUCAACGAAUACCAUCAAGUUUGUUGACUAGUUCUUGUACACGAAGAUAAACCGGAUAAUGGUAUUAGACCAUACUUGGAGAGGAGUAUGAUUUGACUCCCUUCGGGAAGUCUUUCUGGAAUCAAGUAAUCUUCACAUUGUUGACAGAUGUUCUUUGUCUCUGGAGUUACAAGGAUGUGGCACAAAACGAAGCCAUGCUCUGGAAAGUGCACUGUCUUAGGAUCCAUUUUAACGUUCACCAGGGAUGUUAUUAUAGGAUGGACACCGAACUAGCAUUGAUAAAUCUGACGCUAGAAAUCAUCCUGCAACCUUAUGAAUAAUCAUGCUUAUGGCAUGGAAGUAAAUUAAAAGCACUAUGCAUUAUUUGUUUUGCGUUAAAUUUUUUACACUGAUUGAAUAUCAGAUAAAUAACAUUCGUUUUCCCUUGAUUAUUUCUCUUGUCAUAACGUCUAUCUAUUAGAUGUCAUACUUUAUUGACGAUUUUAGUGUAAAAUAAUACAGCUGUGUACUGGCCAGCCCAACUAGUGACACAUGAUUAUUGGCUAAAUCACUCAGUAAAGAUCAUCAAACUUUACAUAAUUUUACAUUAUGGUUCUGAACUGGGAUUUUGUUCGAUGUGUUGGAAACGAAAGUUUGAUAAAUGAAAUAUUGUCUCCUUCUUCAAGGGGAAUAGAUAUAUAUGACACAAAUGCAUAAUAUACCGAUAGUAUUGGACGUAUAAUAUGGAGCAAUGCACCAUUUUUCUGGAUAGUGUUCAACCACCAGAAUUGACUAAAAUUUCCAAUCAGGUUACACUCUUGUCACAUGGAUUUAUUUAAUGAUUUGACCUGUAGUUUCAAGUUUUAUUUUUUUGUUUCAACCCUUUAAAUGUUAGCUUAUGGUUUCUUUUCAGGACUUCCAUUUCUACUUCGUUUGUUUCAGUUUCUAUUUUCCUUUUUGAUUAGCACUUCUCUCUUCUUAGUAGAAAACCAGCAUUCAUUUUUUUACCAAGGUGAUUACUGAAUGGCAGGAGAAAAUAUGACGAACUUUGUGGGUGUCAUAUGAGAACCUUGACCUUCAAAUAUUUUUCCAGUACUUACCUGAUUAUCCAGCACCAUGAAAAAUAGCCAGAAACAUGUCAUGAUUGUCUUAUUUAUGAGAUUCACAUAUCAUUCUUUCCUGUGUCCUCUGAAUGUUUGAAUUGAUUUUUUAAGAUGGGAAGACGGACUAGCUGAACGUGUGGAGUAUGAUACUGAUGGAAAUGUCAAGACGGAGAUUGUUCGGACACCUUUUAUUCAGGUAAUGCCAUUAGACCAAAUCUCCCACCUUCACAGUGUCUGUGUGGGUUUCUAAUGUGUGGCGCAUGAACUGUGCUGCAGAUCCCACUUGGUGUUACAGAAGAUAGACUUAUUGGGUCUGUUGAUGUUGAAGAGUCGGUGAAAUCAGGAACAACAGUUUUCCAACCAGGACUCCUAGCUGAGGCACAUAGAGGUGUCUUAUAUGUUGACGAGAUAAACCUUCUAGAUGAAGGUAUUAGUAAUCUGCUUUUGAAUGUUCUUACAGAGGGUGUUAACAUUGUGGAAAGAGAAGGAAUCAGUUUUCGUCAUCCCUGCAAGCCACUUCUGAUUGCAACGUACAACCCUGAGGAAGGCUCAGUGCGGGAACACUUAUUAGAUCGAAUUGCAAUUAAUUUAAGGUAUUAUGGUCCUCUGAAAUGCUAGUUCUAGGAUGUAUGAAUCUCUUCUUGUCAAUUCAGUGCUUUUGUAGCAACUUCCUCUAGUCUACAGAAUAGGGCAUUUCUUACAGAUUCACAUUACAAUGUUCAGUACCCAAUUUAGAAAUCAGGAAGGUUUGCUAGAUUGUGGAGGAAUUGGCUGCAAACAUUAACGCAUAAGAUCAGACAGCCAAAUUUGGCAAUUUUUAUUCUGUGCGUUUCUUCACAUGCUCAUUCAGUCAAUGGAUGCAAUUGUUUCUAUGCGUUUCUACUCUGAGUGAAAUAUGUAUUGUUCGUCUCAUCAAGAAUACUUGAUUUUUCUUACUCACUUCGUGCUAAAUUUCUGCAGUGCAGACCUUCCACUGGGCUUUGACGAUAGGGUUGCUGCUGUUGGCAUUGCAACCCAAUUUCAAGAAUCUAGCAAAGAAGUUUUUAAAAUGGUCGAGGAAGAGACGGAUUUUGCAAAGACACAGGUAUUUCUAAGUAAAAUCAUGUUUUUACUUCUUUGGAGACCUUUCUUUCCGUUUCAAUUCAGCAUAUAUAUGUAGGAAUCUAUGAAAGGAUCCCGGGGUAUAGUAUCUGUGGAAACGUUUUGUGCUCAAUCAUGUCAACAAUCAAGUUCUGGGUGUUGGACUAUAAGAUGGUCUGGUAGUCAUAAUAAGGAAACCUGCUGUUUUAGAAUAUGUAUUUUGUAGGGUAUCCCUAAAUUGCAGAAGUCCAAUGGGGGAGGAUAAAAGGAAUAUGUUUCUACUUAAUUUGGCGAAUUUCCGUAGCAGUGAAGCUUGGAUUGUUCAUGCAAGUUCUUGUUGAUGCUUGUGGGUGAACAAGAACGAUUUUAGCUGAAUCGUUUAUUGAUUGAACUACAGUGCUUAAUAAGAUUGACGAGAGUAGUGGAUGGAAGAUAGUCCUCUGAUUAGUAGCUUUCAGUUGCUUUCAGUUAUGGGUUGAAGAGGGAAAAUGUCCCUGGGUAACUGAUUGAAAAUCGGAAUACCGGUAUUAUGGAACCUUGGACUUAAAUGAACUUGAAUAACGAUAAAGUGGAACCUUCCAAGCUUGGGAAUCAUCGACUUUGCAUAUAAUGAUUGAACCAUUUGGCUAACUUGACUCACUGCUCCUGCAGUCACUUUGUAUCUUAGUUGGUCUUUGGAUGAUAUAAAUUCAUACGAUGACAAAGAUGUAGAUCAUAGGAAACUUCAUCCUUACUUUUGAUAUACCACUCCUUUUUUUGUUAUCCUUACUAUGUAAAUUCCUUUUUUCCUCCUCUUGAUAAACGUGAUACUGAUGUUUUUGAGAAAAUCAAGGCUGAUAAGUAAAACAAUGUACACAGGAUAAAAGUAUGAGUCCGAACUUUUAUGCAUAGAUUUUAAGGUGACCAGGGGAAUGGUUCUGUACCAGAAUUCUCAUAUGAUGAGGCAAUGUCAAAAACACCUCUCAGGACCAUGUAAUAUUAUUUGAAUAUAAAAGUGACAUUCAAUUAUUUUCAGAUAAUUACGCCUUUUUAGAAAGAAAAUAAACCUUAAGUUCAAUUUAAUUUCAUUAUUAAUUGGGAUACCUAGAAAACUGCAAAAUCAAUGAAUAAAUUACAUUUAUACAAAAAUGAAAACAGUGGUAGAUCUGGUAUAACAUAAAAUGAAAGUGAGCUUAGCAAAUAAUGAUAUUUAAGUACGAAUAUCACGUUUCGUUGUAGGCUUCAAAUCUCAUGUCUCUGACACCAUUCUCUUUCUAAUAUGAUGUCUACCAGUCUCGAUGUGGUUGGUCCUUCAUGUGGCGCUGGAUUACUGGAAAGUAUUCAUGGAAACUUUAUUGUAACAGAAUGACUCUAUUUGGUGUUCAAGCUUCAUUCCAAUGUCUUGAAGCAAAAUUUUCAGCCCUAUCAAGUCUGCUUCACAGUGACCAUUUGAAGAAUUUGGAAAGAAGAUCAUGGUGUGUUAAACAUACAAUAAGUUAAUUUCCCUGAUAACGGAACUCAUUAAAAAGGAAACGUUAUUAUUACAUGUAAUGUGAUUAAAGUAGUUAUCUUAUUUACUGUUGAACUGAUCCUUUGAAAAAUAAUGUAUAUCUCAAGCAGAAUCCUAUGACUACGAAGUUCAUUAUUUGGUAUAGAACUGAAAUAAGAUAAUUUCAGAAUAGUGCAAUCAUAUGGCUAUUCCUAUGGGUGCCAGUUUCCUCUGCUAUAAUAGUCAGUCUGGGCGUUGUCAUCCCUAUAUUUAUCGUAUUGUGAAUGUUCAGAGACAUUUAUUUGAGUAUCAGCAAAAUGAUCUUCUUGUUUAGAUGUGACACCAACACUAUCCUGAAUACCAAAUGCGUUUGUCUGGACCUUGGUGACAAUCAUAACAGAGUUGUUGUUUUAAUAUCCCUAUGAAAGGGACAACGAAAUAACGGUAUUUCGUUUCCUGUUCUGAAAGUUAUUCCUUAUUUUAUGUCAAAAAAGUCAUCUGACUCACCUUUGACACCUGGUACGGAUAUUUGAAUGUGGAACGCCUAAGAUUCCCUGGGUUCUGUUAUUGAUGGAUGGCACCAAUGUUUUCAUUCCAUUGGGAAACUAUGAUUGUGAAAUGGUGGGAAAAUCAGGCAGUCCAGGAUUAUGUUUUAUCGCAGAGACAAAAGUUGUGUUUUUGUAUCAAUCUUGAUCGAACUUUAAGUUGAAUAAACAUUGUGGAAUGAUUCAUUCGAGAUCUCAACAAAAAAAAAAAGUGCAUGCAUUCAUUAGCAUCAUUAAUGUUUCUAUGUUCUUUUGGUCAUAAACUUCUAAUUUAAAGAUUUAUCGUACAGAUGGAGAUGUAUUUGGGAAUAUAUGUGGUAUAAUUUCCAAAGUAUGUCAUGUUUACAAGAAAUGUUUGCUAUUUUACAAGAAAUGUAUUAUUUUAAUCACAGAAUAGCAAGAUUAUGGCUGAAUAGUACAUAUCUCUUCAUCCAAAUUAUGUGAGGUCAUGAAGCAGUUCUGGAAUCUCGACUUUGACACAACGUCUUUUAUGCAGAUUAUUUUAGCAAGAGAGUAUUUAAAAGAAGUCAGUAUAACCAGAGAACAAUUGAAAUACCUUGUACUUGAAGCCGUACGAGGUGGUUGCCAGGUUCGUAUUACUGAACUCAUUUCUUGCACUUUUAUUUAAGCCAUCGUUGAUAAAGCGCAUUACAACUUUUUUUCUCUCUCUCAACUUCAGUUUUAUGUACACGAAUUAUUAUGUAGUUUUUUUUACUCGAAUACAUUAGAUAGCAUCAUGCUAUAACAUUAUCUGAUUUUCCUUAUCGGGGCUUGUAGUAUUUGUUGGAGAUCUGAUCUCAUAUAAAAAAAUUUGCUCUUAAAGAACCAUGGAAACAACCAAAGGAACCUAUGGUUGAAGGAAGAAUGAAGCUCAAGGUUCAAAGUCUUGCAUCUAAUUUCCGCUAGUUAAUGGAUAAAGUUUCGAACUUCAAAAUGCUGUUUCAAGGGAGAUAACAUGAGAAUUUAAGAUCGAGAGAUUUGAAGGAUACGAUUUCUUUGUUUCAGUUAUAGUUUGAGUUCAAACUAACGUUGUAUUCUGAGAGAACCUUGCAUUAUAUAACGAAACGUAGAGCCCAAGAAGGGGUCGGGGUCGAGUUUGGAAUUAUAUGGCUAAUUUUAAUUUCUCCCUCGUUCUGAAAUCCUAGUUAUCUCGAUCCAUUUCUCUCCUGUUUCGUUUUAGCCCUCUAUCAUCCACACAUUCCCUUUCUUUUCCGGAUCAGCUCUUCCCUCAAUGCUAGUGCCAUCUUCCUGCACCAUUUCUGCCUUAGAUAGCCCUUGGCAGUUUGAGAUUCAUCCCUGGCCGAGCCAACCAUUACUGAAGCGUAUGGGGGAAGAGCAGUUCCACCAUCUGUUACCUAUGGACAUCAUCUUCUAGAUAAGGCAGAUGUUUCUAAUAUGCAUGCGAUCAGCAGCUGCACCAACACCACUUGAAGACACCUAUGAGUAUGGUAAAAUUUUCUGGUAUCUUUAUUUCACCAAUAGGUUAUCUGCUUAGUUGUUCAAUCACAAGUUUCUCCUUAGAACCUCACUGAUCUCAACAUUAGGUCUUUCUCCUGACUCAUCUUGGGAUGUCAUCUCCAUUCUAUAUCAUCCAGAUAUCCAUGACAUAAUCACCUUCAGUCUAGUUUUUUGAGUGUAUUGUUCUCUUGCACAAGAAGAUAUGGAUGAUGCAAGAGUUUAAGUGAUGGUACUAUUUUCAUCAAUAUGUGUCGCCAUUUCUCGAAAGUUUUAUCGAUAGACCACGAGUUAUGUUGUAACACUGAAUUCUGUCACUUUUUUUAUUAUGAUUUGAAUGUGAUAUUAUCAGAUCCUUUAAAUUUUCUUGAAAAUACUGGCAACUAGUUGAUAAAAAGGACUUGUUGGCCCAGGGGCACCGGGCUGAGCUAUAUGCUGCACGAGUAGCGAAAUCUCUAGCAGCACUGGAGGGGCGGGAAAGGGUGAACGUUGACGACCUCAAGAAAGCAGUUAAGUAUAUUUCUGAUACAACAUCGUCACUAUUGGUUUAGCAUUGUCCCUGAUCGUGAAACAUGAUUUUCAACAUCUUUAAUCUGUUAAGGGUGCUUUGUUCCAAUCAACAUGAGCUCCAUAUUACUUUCCGUAGUUCUAACCUGAGAAGAAACUGCCCCCCCCCCCUUCUCAACUGGUUUAUGCCACGUUAAGCAGCUUAUGGCUUGCCAGAUCCUCAGAUUACUCUCAAUUUUUUUAACUAAGCAUAGAUUAUUGGGUGAGGUUUUUUGAGGGGUUUGAUAAUAAUAAUCAAAUUGCAUGGUCAUCCUAGAUUUUCUGUUGUGAAAAGUUUUUCAUCCUUAUUUCUCACUGCAGGUAGAGCUGGUCAUUCUUCCACGUUCAAUACUCAGUGAAAACCCACAAGAUCAACAAAACCAGCCACCUCCACCACCGCCACCCCCUCCACAAAGUCAGGAUUCCCCAGAGGAUGAGAACCAGGAAGAAGAUGAGGAGGUUGGUUUUAUAAGAAUCCCUGAUUUAUCUGAUUUAUCCAAGAAGUGAAUUUGGGAUAUUUUGCAUCUUUAACUGAAAGUGAAAUCAUGUGAUCUUGGUGAAUGGUGACCAGGAAGAUGAAGAUAAUGAAGAAGAAAAUGAAGAACAAGAGCCACAAAUACCCGAGGAAUUUAUAUUUGAUGCUGAAGGUGGUUUAGUUGAUGAAAAACUUCUCUUCUUUGCACAACAAGCACAGCGACGACGAGGUAAAGCUGGGAGAGCCAAGAAUGUCAUAUUUUCAGAAGAUAGGGGGCGAUACAUAAAGCCUAUGCUUCCAAAGGUUUGCCACCUUAUGCUGCAGUUUGAGGAAUGCUUUUGGUUGCGCACAGUAUCUUUAGAGUCCCAAUUCUGGCUCUCUAUGAGAUAAAGCAUUAGUAUUCACUGAUACGCUACACUUCUUAGUUAUCUAAUGUCAGUGGGGCAUGAAGGAACUAUCACUGGAUGGAAGAAUGAUAUUUAUCUGUUGAGGAAGCUAACUAUUUACAGGGAUUUGACAAAGGUUGUGUGUCUUGUCUUAUGCAGGGACCCGUGAAAAGAUUAGCUGUGGAUGCCACUCUUAGAGCAGCUGCACCAUACCAAAAGCUGCGUAGGGAGAAGGACAUUGACAAAACAAGGAAAGUUUUUGUCGAAAAAACUGAUAUGAGAGCAAAAAGAAUGGCUAGAAAAGCUGGGGCACUGGUUUGUUCACACCCUUCCAGAAAUAUUUUGCUGGAGUUUGUUUCCAUGUUACCAACCUAACAAGUAGAGGAACGUGGGAAUUUCAAUUUUCUAUAUAAAAUAUUUUAUAAUGUUUUAAACCUACGAAUUUGCUCACGCAGUUAUUAUGCGCACAAUUAGACAUUCUUCUUUCUCUGAGGAAAAGGUGAUUUACAUAUGCAUGACCGUUCAUUGUUUUGAUAUUAAUAGUGUAUUUAUUCUACAAGUUUUAUAGAUGUGACAGAUGUUUUUUGUUUGCAUGGAAAAGGAUUUUCUAGAUUUCGGCCGUCACAUUUUCUCAAUGAUUCUUUACUCAAUUGUGUUUCUUUCUCCAUUGUCAAAUUUGAGCAAUAUCACCUUUUACUUACAGCAGUAGUUAUAUACAGGUGAUUUUUGUUGUCGAUGCAAGUGGAAGUAUGGCGCUGAACCGCAUGCAGAAUGCAAAAGGUGCAGCGUUAAAGUUACUUGCUGAAAGUUAUACAAGCAGAGAUCAGGUACAAAUUCAACUACAAAAAUCAUGCGCCCAGUGUAGUUAUUCAGUCUAAUCGGUAGAUAGUUUCACUUCUAUCAGGAUUUCCGCCUUGGGCAUUCCUUCCUACUUGGCAUUAAGUUACAUAAUGACUAUCUUGUUAACAGGAUAUGUAGUUUUGUGUAUAUGUAUGAUUAGUGGCUUUGGUCCUCUUGAAUUCAUUCCUGGUAUGCAUUCAAUUCAUGAUUAUGAUGAUUAAGUCCUCUUGAAGCCUGUGUCCAGGAAUAUGAGAUAAUUCUUAUGAUUGUUGUGCGGAUUCCGAAAAGUUUCUCUUAAUGAUUUAAUCUUUUACCUCGCAACAAAUGUUAUCCUGCCCAAAUUCUGAUCACCCUGUGGCUGCCGAUUAUGGGGUUGGAUCAUGGCAAGUCAUCAUCACUCACCAUUCAAGGUUGAGGGCAUUCUUUUCAACAUAUAAUGAAACUUUCAUGCUAUAUUGGUGGACUUUCAUGCAAGGGAAAUCGCCGUCGUGUGCAGUGACUUAGAAACUAGAAGUAAUAACUGGUUUUCUUGUUUGAUCACAUGUCAGGAAGCUGCAUGAUGGUUGACAUGGUGAUAGAUAAGCAGGCUCAGGCAUUGGAUGAGUAUAUAUCAUGGCUAUACUGGUUCUAUGACAGUAAGACACACCAUCAAUCUGUCAGAGUUCGGUUCGCAUGAUUUUUAUGAUGAACCUAGGUCACUUUGAAAAAAAAAUAUAGAGACAAAGUAGUCAAGUAAACACAGAAGAAAUAUAUGUUGUAUGAUGAUGAUAUGAGAACACGUUCUCAAGGAGAGAAGAAAGACUGUUUAUAAAAAUCAGCAAUAACGAAAAGGAGAUCUCUCCUUAUCAGCGAAUCUCUCUCUUGUAGUUAUGAUCUCAGAUGUGUGAAAGGGAGCGAUAGUUUAGCACCACUAUUAAGGAUACUUGCAUAUUUCUUUCCUUGUAAUGAAAGAGACGUCUUAAAACUGUCACAGAAAAUUCUUUUUGUCUCUGCCAUGUUACAAGAGUAUGAAAUCUUUUGGGAAUGGGAGAAUAUUGGGGGGAGCUCUAAUCGAAAUUACUGAAUGGCUUGAAAACGUAAAACACUUCUAUUUUAUAUCACCCGUAAGCUCAUAUCCUUUACUGGUUAACUUUAAAACUAAAAAAGGAAAUAUAAAUCUCUAGUUUUCCGUCUAUUUGAAAUCCUAUAGAUAGGAAAAUAAUGUAAUUUUUCGAAGGAGUUCUGUUACUGUUAGAGGAACUCUGUUCCCUACUGUGUGCCUUAAUAUUUGUGAACCCAUUUGUCCAAUUAUCGGAGCAUAUCAUUGUUUAUGUCAAAUAUAAUAUAAUGUUGUUUUGGCAAUCAAUGAGAAGAUGAAUAAUGAUUAUCAUCGGCUAGUUUUUUGCAUUAAAAAGCGUUUCAAAUAGUCCCCAACAGUUCUCUUACUACUGUCUUUCCAUAAAUUUCUCCCUUCUCAACUUACUCUGUCAAGGUCUGUGUAAAUGUUCGCAAGACCUUUAUUUAUGCACAUAAGCUUAGUUAUUUGUUGUAAUAUCAAGGGGCUAUUAAAUUGGUAAAAUGUAAAAACUCUUCCAAUUUAUUUUAAAUAAAUACUGCAAUGAUUUUUUUUGCUCAUAUUCUAUUGAAAUCGUAGUAUAUUUUCUUCACAGUCAGAUCUGUAAUAUGCUUCUAACUUUAAAGAAUUUCCAUUAUUUUAAUAGAAAAGUUAUCCAGAUUAUAUCUAAGCCUGACAUUUCUUUGAAAAACUCAUUACUCGAGAAAGUAAAAGACGAAAAUCUUUAUAAGAGUAGUAUUGUUGUCUGAUGGAAAACAUUGAGGUUCUAAUUAUAGCAAUUUUUUAAGGACUAGGUUAAGGAUGAGGAUGGAUCAUGAGGAUAAGGCUAAGGCUGCAGACUGAUAGCAUUAAUGGAAGAAAAUUGUCGAGAUUGCAACAGUUGAACUAUGUUUUGCUUUCCUGAUGGCAGGUUAAGCUACAAUUAUCACGAUUAUUUGGCAUAUGUUCUUAUGUAUUUGACUGAUUGAUUAUGUUUUAUUCAGGUCUCGAUCAUCCCUUUCCGUGGUGAUGCUGCUGAAGUACUUCUACCUCCGUCAAGGUCAAUUUCUAUGGCCCGCAAACGACUCGAGAGAUUACCAUGUGGUGGGGGUUCUCCCUUAGCUCAUGGUCUUAGCACGGUAUUAUAUAACUCCUCUCAGUUCGUCCCUUUUUGUCUAAAUGAUUCCAUUCUGCCUACUGUAUUUGACAUCAUUAUAUGAUCAUGGACCAGGCUGUGCGGGUUGGGCUGAAUGCCGAGAAGAGUGGUGAUGUAGGGCGGAUUAUGAUUGUUGCAAUUACUGAUGGAAGGGCCAAUAUCUCAUUGAAAAAAUCCACCGACCCUGAGGCAGAAACACCUGAUACCCCUAGACCUUCUUCUCAAGAACUGAAGGUAAUUUCCUAAGGGACCCUGAGCCACUGAUUCUUUUCACCCGCCUCUCAGAAACUUAGCAAAUUUCCAUUCUAGGCUUUCAAUCAUCUAGCGGAUAUCUGAAUCGUUUUUAAUUUUUAAUAUAUUUAUUUUAUUCAUAAUCUUAUUUGAUGUGUUUUCCUUCAAGGAUGAAAUCCUGGACGUGGCAGCAAAAAUAUACAAGGCGGGGAUGUCCCUGCUGGUUAUUGACACAGAAAACAAGUUUGUGUCUACUGGUUUUGCCAAAGAGAUAGCUAGAGUAGCCCAAGGUAAGCAAUGUUUUGUUAGAACAAAUAUCUCUACUUUGCACAUAAAUUUCGCUCAUAUUAGUUCAAUUCUCUCAAAUGGUAUUCAGACCCUUGUCUCCCAUUUUGACUGCUAUGUUGCUCACAUAGUGGAGUAGAUAGAAAAAACUCAGCUUUCCCCUUAAACCCUGUAGUUGAAACAUAUGCACCUACACCACUCUCUGCCAAUCAGUUUUAACUUAGAUAGUUCAUUUUUCUCACAGAUUUGGAUCCCCAUUUUCAUAUACACCCAGGAUAAGCAUGGCAAGUAAACCCUGAACUUAAAAUAUAUGAACAUGUACCAGUAUUUACCAAUUAGUCUUAACUUGAAUGGGUUCAAUUUUCUCACAUAUUUAGAUCCCCAUUUUGAUAUCCCAACUUCUCUAUGUUCUGACAGGAAAAUACUACUAUUUGCCCAAUGCUUCCGACGCCGUCAUAUCUGCAGCCACAAAAGAUGCUUUGUCAGCCCUAAAGAGCUCCUAA